AUGCGGUAUGUUGCUGGGUUUUAUGACUCCUUUAAUCAUGGUCGAAAGCUAGGGGCUGAAGCUACGUUUCUCGGACCUGAUGAUGAUGCCGCGUUCCCCAUUUAUUCAAAUAAGGAAACCGGUGGCCGAAGCUUUCGGCCCAAGGAGAGAGCUACAAUCCGUCAAGGGCCCCCACUUCAAGGCACCGCGCGGGAGGGGCAUUUAGUGGUGACGGAAUCGAGUGCCGCGGAGAUCGGCGGGCCGCUGGAGGACUGUGGCACGACACUCAAUUGCCAGCUAGCACGACUCGGGUUUGGGACGAGACCAGGGGGGGCUUGGUUAGAUCCAUUGUCAGUUUUCACCUUACAUCGCCUAUGCCCCAGAGAUUUUGGGGCAGCGAGCUUUGCAUUCUCAAGUCUUGAGGUGUUGCAAGAAGCUGCGGCAGAGAGGACGGGCGGGAGUGGACCUGCAUUAAGGUAUUCGUGGACAAGGUACUUCGGUUUCGGCCGGACAAUGUGCGUCAAUGUCCUUCUCAUGGCCGCUUAUCCUGUCAUCAACUGCUUUACUCAUUCAACUCAACCAUCCCAUUGGUUGUACAACAACUUCGAGGAAUGUUCUUCGCGCCUUAGCAAGAUCCGAGAAAGAUUACCCCUUGUAGCGGGAACGGAACGCUUGUUCUUUGCUUGCCUGAAGCCUUUGAGUAUCCCACGGGUCGAACAUGUAGAGUGCCACCCCAAAUUGACAAAGGCCCUAGACAUAUAUGCCGGGAAAUCUUGGAUAUCUUUAUGUGCCAUAUUGCUGCCUAGUGGUCAAGCAUUCGGCAACGCUUCUGUCUUUAUCCUGCCCUCCCUCCAAGAGAUGAGGGGCCAAGUUCCUCCUCACGAUCGAUGGUCUUUGCAUAAGGCCCUGGAGCAUGGCAUAUUAUGA